AUGAAUAGGCGGUACGCCGCGGACAGUGAUCUCCUGUCCGAAUUCAAGACUCAUUUGGCUCUCGGUCAAUGGGAGGUUGUCGAAGCAUUCGUGACGUUUCAACUCGACAGGGAUGUCAUCAACGAUCUCCUGAGAGGUGUCGCUCUCCAACCGCAUCUGAACAGCUACUGUCUCCAGCAGAACGUCCGGAGUCCAGAGCAUUUGUCUUUUCUCGCGGCUCGUUGCAUUGGAGAUGAUGAAUUAUCCAAAGACGCGGCCUUCCGAAGCACGCUCAGGGGUGUCACGCAACUAGGCGAAGACAUCAAGUUUCACUUGCUGGACAGUUUCACGCAUGGGAUCCAGCCCGAGCAACGCGUUUUGAACGCCUUGCGACAAUGUUGUCUUCUACCUCAAGUCCCGAUCAGUCUUUUCGUAAUCCUCGACUUGUUACGUCUGCCUCAAGUACCUCUAGAGUGCAUUCUCCAGAUCUGUGUUCAAUUACAACAAGCUUCAUCAGCAUGGAGCGUCGAUCAACUGAUAGAAAAACUGCAGGAGCUUGUAGCGUUCACUCCUCCGCACGAAACAGUACCUGCUGGAAUCCUCCGAGACAUCGCGAACAGUAUGGUGGAGCAUGUAUUGCCGAGAAGACCGGAUAAGCUCCUGUCGAUGGCAAUUGGUUGCCAACAUAAGUCCUUCCAGAAAGAACUCCUCGGAGCAAUCAGCGAGAAGGAAUGUAUCCUGAGUCGAGCCAGAGCUCUCGGGAAACAUUUCCUCGAAUUGCAUCUGGACGAGACUAUCGCUGCCCUCAAGAGGAAUGAGAAAUUGCCAGAAAACCUUCCUGGACUGAAUCUGCGGCCGCUAGCGUUGCAGUUCGCCUGGAAUCAGCUUCCGCCCGAAGCCGUUUUCAAUCGACUCGAUGAGCUCGAGAGACUUUAUGCGGACGAUGAGAUGAUAUCGAGGCUCGCCGAGAUCGUGAGAGAAUGCCGACUCAUAUCAUCGGUGACGAAAAAUUCCUUGCUGGAUCUAGUCGCUCAGCGCCAAACCCAAAGUCUGCUCCGAGUUGUUCACUCAACGGGAGCUUUGAAAGGCAUGAAGGAUGCGCAAGUUCUGCACAUCGUUAAAGAUGAGUAUCAGUCGCACAUGUUGAGGGGAUACCUCAUUCUGAAGCAUGCGUGUAGUGCUCUGUUCCACGCCGCCCUCAUCGCGGAGCGGAGAGUCGAUCGCAAUGCCGUUUUCCGACCGCGUACCCAAGAGGACUUGAUUUUCGAAUCCACCAAAGACAUCGUCGAGUACAUCGAUUUACACGGUCCCGACGUUUCCUUCGAUACACUGGUGACGCAAGAGCUCGCGGCCAUGAGCAGCAUCCUCGGCGAAGUACCGAGCAAUGCACUGAAAGUCGAAGUUCUCGAAAAUCUCUUCUCUCUUCUCUUCGUUACCCAUCGGGACUUACAGCAGAACGGAGAGAGCUCAGACGAGGAGAACGACGCCGUCAGUUCGACACGCUUCGAAACCUCUGAAGAGCCGAAUAGUUUCCUUAAGUCGAGCGGAUUCCUGGCCUCGAAGGAGUUCAUUUCAGCCCUUUUAAUUCACCUGGAUAAGCACAUCAGGUCUACGAAAUUGAAAUUCAGCGACGAAAGAGCUCUCCAGAGCCGACUCGAGGAAUUGUUGAAGCACGUCGUCGACGCGAGAUGGAGAUUGGAGAUCGUUGAAGAAAAAUUACUGCUCAGCAUAAAAUGCGUCCAGAACAUCGAGGCUGAAGAUGCUUCGAGCUCAAGCUCCAGCUCUCUGUCAACUCCUCCUCGGACUCGACGGAGGAGUGCUCGGCAAAGAACCAAAUCCCACACUGCUCAUUUGGAGCCUCGCGCGCCGCAGGCGACAGUCAUCGAGCUCAUGCUCUCGACAAUGGACGCUCUGAUGAGACACUGUUUGUGGAAAAGCAGCUACGAACGAGCCAAAGAAGUAAGGCAGGCUGUUGUCCUGAAAAACUCAGAGAUGGCGGAUAGUGCCGAGCUCGACUUCUGCCUCUCGAUAAGCUCCAUAGAAGAAGAAGUAUUAAGCCUCCAGACCGAUCCGGAGAACAUAAGCGCAAUAUUCGUUGCCAUUGAAUCGUUCCUGCAAGCCCGACCCCUUACAGCGAACUCGAGUAAUUUGAGUCGCUUUUACUUGAAUCUCGCUUUCAUCUCCGGGCUCCGUCCCUUUGUCGCUUACAAACUGCUCGCGCAUUCAACCGGAAUCUCACGGGAAGCAUCGUCAGCCGCGUAUCCGGAUCUCCAAGCCAUCCAUAGAUCCGGCUCGAGUCUCUACCGAAUUUGCGAGAAACUAGCUGAUACGGAGAUCCCUCUCGAAGAGACUCUGCAAUUAUCGACGAGUCAUCUCGACGGAGAAACGCUCAGAGAGGAGUUACUCUUCUGGUCAUCUUUGGAAAAGACCAUAGAAGUCGUCGGGAAUUUGUUGAAUAUGGCCCAUGGGAGCGCGAAUACUGAAGUUCACCAAGAGUUCUUUCGUUUGGCGAAAAUGACUGGGACUGGAAUCCGGAAGUUUCAUCGACGCUUACCGUCAUACAACUUUGACUUCCUCCGUGCCCUCUACGCACACGCUCGUCAAGUGUAUAAAGCUCUCGAGGAGAAACAACACACGCUCCGCGCACACGUCGGGCCACAACACAGGACGUAUUUCAGCGUUCUAGAGGAGUGCUCUCCCUCGAUGACGCUGUUGAAACUCAUUCUGCACGAUCACGUGCCGCCAAACAAAUUAGAGGAGUUCGCUGUGAAGAUGAAGCUCAACAUAACUCAAUGCGUCUCGAAAGAGAUUUUACCGAACAUAUACAUGAGACCCAUGAGCCUCCACGAUUUCCCCUACCUCCGUGUCCUAAAUUGUGAUAUGAAAGUGACCAAUUCCACGCACAAACCAUCGCAAACGCAAAUUUCGCGCAACGCCGCUUUCGUGGCGAAAAAGCUGCUGUCCCAGAUCAUCGACAUUCUCGGCGAGAAAACCGCUGGGAAAUUACUCAUUGAGAAGUACGAUGGUCUCCGGGAGAUCGCGUUCUCAGCUCAGUAUGAUCGAUGGCGGGAGUCGACCCGAGAACUCAUCAACAUCGAUCCGACCAAGCUCAAGACUGAAGAGCGGAUACCGUUUUUUCUCAAUGUUAUCCAUUGUUUGACGUUGGAUCGAUUACUGUUCAAAUGCAAAAGGGGACAGCCCUUCGUUACGAAUGUACUCGAGAGUCAAAUCGACGACAGCCUAUACGCGUAUGAAAUCGGUCACAUGGGAACCGUCUCACUGCUGGGGCUGAAGUACUCGAUCCUCUUCCGCGGGCACUCCUUGCCAGAGCUGAAGCCUCCCUUGUUGUCGCUGGCGAAGGUUCCUGACUACGGAUUCCUGCCUCCCGCGAAUAUGUUGACCAUUUUUUCACUGGUUCAAGGUUUUCAAGAUGACCCACCGUUACGUGUCUUGGAAACUGAAACCCAACUGCAGGAGGGUUUCUCCAGAGCUGUUCUGAAGAUCAACGUCGAUGUAGAGAACAAGAAGAUGUAUGUACCGUGGCAAACCAAAGAGAUCAUGAAGGGCAAGUUCUUCAGGAGUAACGAGAAACAGGUUCUUCAGCUGACUAUCCUCAAGAUGGGUGGCUCUGGUUUCUCGAUCGAGUUCGUAAAACCCCAAAAGUUUCGUCUGAAUUUGAACCCUUUUGGUCAAUGUUCGGAUCUAUGCGAACGUCAGCGGAGCACCAAACUUGACGUCCCGCCAAGUGUUCUGCGUUACAUGGAACAGCAUUGUUCUCCGAUCGGAGCGAUGCUAAACCCCGCUGUGGAGACCGCAUCCUCGGCGUUGGACCGAAUACUCGAAAUGCUUCCCGAAGCCAAGAAAACGGCUUUAUCUGGAACCGUUGCCGAAGAUAUUUGGGAUCUCCUCGAAGCCUCCACGGGCUGGAGCGACCCGCUAUCCAGAAUGUUGCAGUGUAUCGAUCUCUGUGAGGCGAUCUCUGGGGGUGAGGUCUCCAACCGCAAACUAUCUUAUUUGAAACAUUUGAUCAUCGGAGAGCUCGCCAAAACAUCCUACCGUUACGUGCUGAGAAUCGAGGCCGAUUCUGUGAAGGUAGAUGCCUUCCUCGCGAACUACAUGGAUUGGAAUGACAAAGACAUCGAAGUGAGCUCGAAGGCGCUGAAAAGUCUCGUAGCGAAGACUGAGCCCCGAUACAAGGAGCUCACGACCGAGAUCGAGCGAAUAUACCUCUACCAGUCGAUCGGACGGCUUCUCAAUGUCGAGUGGAGGACGAUCCCCAGAGACAUACCUCAAGUGAUCGAGAAGCUCAGAUCGACUAACCGCUUCGACUUCGUUCACAAAAUCUCGAUGCUGUCGCUCGUCGACGAGCGCAACGAGUUGCUCCAGCAAGUCGUCACCGAGCUGAACGCUUGCUACUACUUCUCCCAAACCCACGAGGAGGACUAUGUCUCCGGCCUCCGGAUCGUAGACCAGAUAUCCGACUCUGACGUGAGGCUCAACUUCUGCCAGCGGCUCUUGGGCGAGCUGUCUCCGAGUAGAGGCAAACUUUAUCUUUUGCGAUACAUGAUCUACAAAUAUUCGGAGGAACCUUCGCUCGUGUCCCGCUUAGAGACGCGAGCGCUGGGUCUCGAGGCCCUCCUCGUCAUCCCCACUGUCCAACGAUGGGAGUACAAUCAUCUGGAAGGUUAUCCGGAGAUAAUCGUCGAACUUCUCUUGAUGAACGGCCACCUGGACCUCCUGGGGAAAAUCCUAGAUACCUCCGAGUUCGCCUCUCAAGAAUUCUUCGCGACGGUCGAUGCCCUGUGUGAGGUUUUCGCCAAGAGAGCCCUAGAGCUCAACAAUAUGACCGCUAGUGCUAAUCGGAGACAAUCUAUGGCGCCCCUUUCUGCUCGCUCGCAAUCGUCCAGCAGCUUCGUGAUGCCCCUCAAAAUACCAUCGGCGAAGGAAUGGGUCCGAGACGACGAGAUUUCGAAGUGCAUGAUCUGCCAGACAAAGUUCUCCCUCCUCGUUCGCAAACACCACUGUCGGAGAUGCGGGCGGAUCGUUUGUAAAGAAUGCUCAUCCCGAGGCCGACUUCCGCUCGAAGGCUAUGGGAAAGUUCCUGUUCGAGUCUGUGAUGACUGUUUCGUACAGACGACCGAGCCAGAAAUCAGUGAAGCUACGGAAGCCGUUGAAAACUUCACUCCGAACACCCUGUCGAAGAAAGUUUCUCCUGUGAAGGUCGAGACUACUUGGCGUUUGAAAGCUCCGACGAACGCCGAGAAUCGCGAAUUCAACGAGAACACCAGACGAGUGUUCUGGUACGAGAGAGCUCCAAGCGUCAGUUUGUGUUUGUCGAUUUUAGACCGUCACUCGAACGGAGAAAAAGCGGCCGAAUUCAUCCUGUCGCUUUGCGAUCGUUUGGUUGCGCUUCUCGUUUUCCCCUCGGAGAUCGACUACGGUCUUGUGAUCGCGAUGCUGCAAACGCUGCUCAUGAAAGCGAGAAUCAACCUCCUCCAACAGAACAAACAAAACUCCCUGGAAUGGUGCGACUCGUACUUGCAGACGCUCGACCUCCUAAAGCUUCUAGUCAAGGAUAACUGUCAGGACCUGAUCCCGAAAGAAUUACUAACUCAGAAGAACUCUGAAUCGAACGAUUGGAUGAAUGUCCAUCGAAAGCUUCGGGAUCGUUUGGUAGAAGCAGAGCGAUUCCAGUUGGCAGUGGAAAUAUCUUCCAAGUGUAAUCUGGAGAAGAACGUCGUUCUCGCAGCAUGGGGUCUAUCUCUACUGAAGGCAGGGGACUGGGCGGCAGCGAGGGAAAAAUUGGUCUACUGUUUGAAGAAGCCCCAAGAUUUGAAUAAUUCCAAAUCAGAGAGUCCCCUACUCAAAGAUAUCCUCAGCAUUCUCCAAAACGCGACCUACGUCGGAAUCACCAAAGCUGCCGCAGUUUUCUGCGCUCUCGCCAACCUCAAAAACAUAAAAGAAAAGGGAGCUCAGUAUCUCGUUGCGGAGAGCGUGGAUCUUGAGGUCACAGUCCAGUCAGAAUGUUGGUUUUAUCUUGAGAACUUCGCCUCGCACUCGUCAAUCGUCGGAUACUUCAUUCGCAGAGAACAAUUCGACAGAGCUCUCGCCUAUUGCUUGGACCGGAGAUGUGAUAAUGACGUUUUCAUCGAACAAGUUCUCAUGCCGAGCCUCCGGUCAGGUCGCUUCGAAACAUUGUUGGACGCAAUCAAGAUGAACCACAACUACUUAACGACCUUCAGCACCUAUCUACUAUCAUCUUGUAGAUAUCUGGAUAAGAAUAAUUUCACGAAUACUUUGUUCAGGAUUCAAAUUUUCAUGGAGGAUUGGGUCCGUGCCGCGAUGACUUCAAUCAAUUUCUUCGAAAGGGAAAUCGUUUCUCUCUCGGCUCGCGAGAUUGUGACCGAGAAGCUCAGCCGUUUGACAGAAGCAAAGAAACAUUUGGAAAAGUUUCUCUCUCUGAGUAUUUCGGGUAACACCGCGAAAUCGGUCCGCUUGGCGAUGCCAAUCAAAGAGAUCAACCGGCACUUGAGCACGGUCGCACUCCAGAUCGAUGUGGUCAAGUUCCUCGCCCGCAGAGAAGAAGCCCAGGAUGGCUGCUUGAUUUAUCUGGACAGCGACGAGAAACUGUUGCCGACGCUCUUUUCAAGGAAAGCCAACGAGAAGCACGAUCUGGCCGCUAUGAUACUCCUGAAUGGCGCUAAUGUCGAGGAAGGAUUCGGACUCUGUCUCCGAGUAGUCCAAGAAUGUCAGCUCGAAGGAAUGGAGGUUCUGGGCAAGGUCGUUGCCUACUAUUCCAGGGAAGGUCGAGAUGUGAACAUGGAAGAAAUUCAGCGUUUGGCAUCCUGCGUCGAGCAAUCAGGGUACAAUAGCAACCGGUACGAUAUGGACAAGGUUAUCAUUUCGGUGAUCAGCAAUUUGGCGGAGAAAGAAUCACAGGAUCCCGAUAAGCUGAACGGCGCAAUCGACUCCAUUCUCAAGCUUGUGAAGGACGACAUGAAUAAGAUCAUUGCGUACACCGAGUCAGGUCGUCUGAGAUCUGCCUACAUGCUGGCGGUUCGUUUUGGUGAAGUCGAAGCAGUGAGGAAAAUUCGAGAACAAGCAACGAAAUUGCAUCAACCGAGCGUGUACAAGAUGUGCGAUAAAUGGCUGCAGGGCAAAAUCAAUCCGUAG